CCUUUCGUAUGCGACUCUAUAUGUUCCUCACACACCCAGGUCGGUCUGACUGCCCCCCGAACACAUAGCUGUUGGGACGACAUUUCAGUACCUGGGAAUAGACCUCCAGUGCCCGAGGAACUCCAUGGAGAUGAAUGCUGACGUCAGCAGGCGCCAUGUCUAGAAGGCCCUCGGUUCGCACCCGGGACACUCAGUUACAGGAACUUGUGUUAGUACUCAUCUGCGUCCCUCGGCUAAACCACACCAUCUUUUCGAAACCUCAACUCCUCCUGCAUUCGGUGACACCUGCAGGGGUCAGAGCCGCCACCUGAGCCCUCCCCCCCCUUCGCUCCGCUGCACCUCAGCCUUCUCUCCGGCCACGCCCACUGGGUGGCCUCGCACUUCUACCGCAGCAUCAAUGGACCUCUGCAGUCUCCCUGGCUCCCCUGACCAAGUUACCUUCUCAACACCCGUCGCUUGAAUCUGCUCUGGACUCAGAUCAAAAUGAUGUGCUUCGGAUUCUUCAAGCUAAUGAUGAUGGUUUUCAACUUUCUUAUAUCGCUGUGCGGCGCAGUCCUGCUGGCCACGGGGAUCUGGGUGAUCGUGGACAAGCGCUCUCUGCUGCAGCUCUUGGGGCCGCUCCCCAAACAAAUCCUCCAGUACGUCAUCGUGGGAUACAUCAUCACCGCCGCCGGGGGCAUCCUGUGCCUGCUGGGCCUGCUGGGCGGCUGCAGCGCUCACAAGGAGAACAAGUGCUUGCUGAUGACGUUCUUCUCGGCCAUUCUCAUCAUCUUCAUCGCGGCGGUGGGAGUGGCGGCGGCCAUGGCGGUCUACUCUUCAUUUGCGGAGUCCAUCCUGGAAAAGUGGGCCAUGUCGGCUCUGAAAGAAGACUACGCAGACGACGAGUUUGUGACGCUGAUGUGGGACAACACCAUGAGAAUGUUCAAGUGCUGUGGAUUCAACAACUACACCGACUUCAAGGGUUCACUGUUCACCAAGAACCAACCAGAUAUGAUGCCACUUCCAUGCUGCCUGCCUGAUGCCACAUCCUGCCCCCUCGCCGAAGCCAGCAACGCUAAUCUGCCGGGCUGUUACGACCAUAUCGUGACAUUGGUCAUGAAGAACUUCAAGAUUGUCGGGAGCAUCGGUGCAGGAAUCUGCGGCUUACAGAUCGGCGCCAUGAUCACAGCCAUAUACUUGUUCUCGCAGUUGGACAAGAGGUUCUCCUAAGCUGCUGGACGACUGGACAGCGAUGCCGACUUAUCUUCUGGUCUACGACGGUGCACCUCCCUAUUACCACCAUGAUUUGUAAAUACUCAUCAAUAAAACGGCUCGUGCACAAACACGUUUCUG